GGGUGUGAAGGGGAGAGAGUAGAGCAUCAAACACAAAGAGAAACACAUAGAAAAUGGGGUCACCAAUGGCUUCUUUGGCAGCAACUUUGCUUGUCUUAGCAUUCUCUCUUUGUUUUGUAUCGGAAACCACCGCAAAUUACUACUACUCUUCUCCUCCUCCACCGGUCAAACACUACACUCCUCCGGUUUACAAAUCUCCACCACCACCGGUUAAGCAUUACUCUCCUCCUCCGGUUUACAAAUCCCCACCUCCUCCCAAGAAACACUACGAGUACAAAUCACCUCCACCACCGGUUAGGCACUAUUCUCCUCCUCCGGUUUACAAAUCCCCACCCCCACCAAAGAAGGACUACGAGUACAAAUCUCCUCCUCCACCGGUUAAACACUACUCUCCUCCUCCGGUUUACAAGUCUCCACCACCACCAAAGAAGGACUACGAGUACAAAUCACCUCCACCACCGUACAAAUCUCCUCCUCCACCGGUUUACCAGUCUCCUCCUCCUCCGGUUUACCACGCUCCCCCACCACCAAAGAAACAUUACGAAUACAAAUCUCCUCCACCACCGUUUAUCAUUCUCCUCCACCACCGGUUUACCAAUCUCCCCCUCCUCCGGUUUACCACUCUCCUCCACCACCUAAAAAACAUUACGAGUACAAAUCUCCUCCUCCUCCGGUUUACCAGUCUCCUCCUCCUCCGGUUUACCACUCUCCCCCACCACCAAAAGAGCACUACGAAUACAAAUCUCCUCCUCCUCCCGUCCUUCUCCUCCUCCACCGGUUCACUACUCACCUCCACACCAACCCUACCUUUACAAAUCUCCACCUCCUCCACAUCACUACUAGAUAAACUAAUCGUCGACUCAGGAGUUGACGACACUACACAAGAGAACAAGGAAUCUUUUGGUGAUAUAAUAAAAGAUACAAGAUCAUUAAGAGAAUCGAAACGGAUAUGUUCUAAAGAGAAAGUUUCCCAUUUAAUGUGUUUUUCUUCUUUUUUUUGUUCCCCAUAAUAAACUUCAAACAUGUUGAUGAGUGGUCCCUUCAUGCAUGCAAAUUAGUCAUAUGUUUGUAAGUUCAAGUCUUAUUUUAUCCAAAUUCUUCAAUUUCAAAGUUUGGUUGUUUAAUUAAAUAAAAGUAUACGUUUCUUUU